GGACGCCAGGAUGUGGGGAGGAUUAUGGCCCUCUCCGGAGAAACGGGACGCAUGGGCUACAGCCCCUUCCCAGAGUGAGGCAGGCCCGACCCUGUCCUGAGAAGCUAGUGGGCAUCAGAAUUCUGACGGCAGCAAGCAGAUGGAGCACUACCGGAAAGCUGGCUCUGUGGAGCUUCCAGCACCUUCCCCGAUGCCCCAGCUACCUCCUGAUACCCUGGAGAUGCGAGUCCGAGAUGGCAGCAAAAUCCGAAACCUGCUGGGUCUGGCACUGGGUCGGUUGGAAGGAGGCAGUGCAAGGCAUGUGGUGUUUUCAGGUUCUGGCCGGGCAGCAGGGAAGGCUGUCAGCUGUGCUGAGAUUGUCAAGCGCCGGGUACCAGGCCUGCACCAACUCACCAAGCUGCGCUUCCUGCAGACUGAGGACAGUUGGGUCCCAACUUCACCAGACACAGGCCUAGAUCCCCUCACAGUCCGCCGCCAUGUGCCUGCGGUGUGGGUACUUCUCAGCCGGGACCCCCUGGACCCCAAUGAAUGUGGCUACCAACCCCCAGGGGCUCCCCCUGGCCUGGGCCCCACACCUACCUCCAGCUGUGGCCCCCGGCCCCGAAGACGGGCUCGAGAAACCCGGUCCUGAGGACCUGCCGAGCCUAUUCUCCAGGCCUGAAAGUCUAGGAUGACUGUGCCUUCUCCAAGAAGCCUCUGUAACUGCCCACCAUCCCCAGCCAGAUGGAGUCCGUAGAAGUGGGCCUCCCUCCUUCCCUCUGGCAUGUGGAAAGGACUGCUAAGAAGAGUGACAGGUGUGGAGUGUCUGCUGGGUUCUGGAUUAUUUAAGAAGGGUUUACUCUGCCUUCCACCUAUAGUGCCUCUGAUCUGCCAUCUGACAGAGGCUCAGGGAGUGGACUAGGAAAUAAAGGUUUGCCUGUUGUCUGGUGUGCCUCUGCUCGGCCUACUGUGUGUGGAUGUGGGAUUAAGGGAGUGGGUGUCCCUGCCCUAGAGCAGCCAGCUCCUUGCCCCCCCACCCCCCCAGUUUGGUGCUGGGAGGCCCUUGAGUCAAUAAAAAGCCUCAAGCAGUAACCUGAAUAACCUGAAUAUCACCCCUGGGUGGCUCUGUGCCACCUGCUCUGGGCUGGUAAGGAACUCUGCCAGGUUAGACAGUUUUCUUAUCCAUAGCAUAUAUUAUGGUGGUUAAGAUUAUGGUCUCAGGACCAGACUUUUUGGAUUUGACUCCUGGUUUUGGCAGUUAUUAUCCAGCUAUUCUUUGUGACCUUGGGCAAGUUACUGCUCUGUAUCUUACUGUUCUCAUCCAUAAAACAGGAUGAUAAUGCUUACCUCAUUGGGUUGUUAUGAGGAUUAAGUGUAGAAAUAUACAGGGCAUAUAAUGUUAUAUAAAUGUUAAUUGCUAUUAUUAAUGACUCAGCUUACAAACAUGCUUUUUCCUAUCUUUAAAACAUACCGCAGGGCCCCUGGUGGUAUAGGGGUGAAGGCUCAGCGCUAUCACUGAUGCGGCCCGAGUUUGAUCCCUGGCCAGGGAGCUAACCCUCAUGGUGCUGCAGACCUCUCCUGUCUCGCCCACUGCUCCCCUCAGCAGUGUAUUUCAGUGGAUCUGCCUGUUCUGCUCCCCACUCUGUCUCUGGUGAAUCUUCCCCUCCACCCCCACAUCUCUGGCCUCCACCCCAGGUCUAUACAUAAAUAAGUCAAUCUUUAAAAACAAAAACCUCAGUAGACAUGUCCCCUCCAGAUUUCAUGCUUGCAUUUUCACCCCCUGCUGCUCUGUUUCUCACUUGAGCCUUGGUCUCAGAUUCACCAUGCUAGGUCAGGGGCCUGAGGUGAAUGUUACAGUCGUAGCAGGGAGCUGUGGGAACCAGGGCAAGACUGGGAAGUGAAGAAUUGAGUCUGUCGGGUCUCCUACUAGAUUAUGUAGCCUUGAUGUCCAGUUACCAGGAAAGCACAAAGUUGGAACCUUUCUGGGCUUACAUUGUGGCAGAGUAGGCCCAACAAUUUGAGAGUUGAAGUGAUGUUUGGCUGAGUCUGGGCCUGCUUGAGCAGUGGAGGGCCUUAGGGAACUGGAGUCCUCAAUGAGGCCCAGAGCAGGGCUGAGGGAACCACAGGGCCAGCAGGCUGUGGUCAAAACUUUGAACACUGUGGACUUUUUUUCCCCAAAGUAGGUUGUCCAGAGUGAUGUGGAAGGCCCUGAAGAAGUAGGUAAUAGAGAUUUCAGGGAUAUUAGGAGAGAUGGGGGAAACUGUAUCAGCAGCUGCUCAGCCAAGCCUCUCAAAUGCAGAGGGUCAGAGAGCAUCUAACACACUCCUGGAGGCUCUGGAGGUGACUUGGGUGUCUUGCUACCAGUAACUGACUCCCCAUUCUCCUGGCAGCUAAUUCAGGGUUUUUCUCCCCUCCCAGUUUCCACAUAAUGCCUUUUCCUGUGUCUUCUACAGUAAACAGUUCUCUUGAGUCCUCAGAGCUUAGGCCACUUGAAGAUGAUCUCUCAGCAUCCCAUCCUGAUCCAACCCCUGUGGCCAGGGUGGAACCAUCAUAUGGAAUCAGCAUGGUGACCCAUGCUGGAGGAGUGCUUCAGUGAGGUGGCAUUGCAAGCCCUGGGAGUCCUAGGAGGGGCUCCCUAUUGGGCAGCUUGUCAUUGAGGCCCCCCUUGCACUUGUUUUUAUUUUAAUUAUUUAUUUUUGCAUACAAGAAUUGGGGUACAGGGGCCUCCC